UUCUUACCCCCACCCGUCCCUGAAGCUUCCUGCUCCGGUCUUGCUCCCUUCUCCACACCGCGGCAGCAGCAGCAGCAGCAAGAAAAAGCCAGCGGCUUUCCAGCCCGCCGGCGGUUUCCAGGGCAACCGCGGAGGCCUGAGGCCAUUGUGACCCUCUCCCCCGCCUCCUGGCGCGGCUCGCCACGGCUCGGCACAGCACAACACGGGCGGGCCGCCUCAAGAACUGGCGGGUGAGCAAUGGACGGCAAGGACGGCCCUCGCCCCGUCGUCACUUUCUUCCAGCCUCGGUCAAGCCAGGAGCUGGUGCUUUUCAGCUUGCUCGCGGGCAGUGAGGCAGUUAUACGGAGGUUUUUACCCAAGAGCCAUGUUUCUAAUGUGAUAAUUCGUGACAACACUAGUGUUCAGCGAGUGCAAGAAAUUAAGCUAAGGCACUUGGACAACAGCAAAAAAAAAGUUGGCAGUUACUGUGAACAUAUGAAGAAGAAGUUUUUGCAUGACCAGAAGACCAAGGUGAAUCGAUGGAAGAAGCAGUAUAGUCGAUACCAGAGAAUGCUGGAGAAGAUUGACCAGCGAGCCAUGCAGGACGUUCUUCCAACAAGCUUAUUGCUGCUGAAUGCUCAUAAGUCUUCUGCCCAACUACAGAAAUCCAUCCUGAAGACAAAAUAAGUACUUGUGUUAGGGUAGGGUAGUGGGCUAUGGCUCCACCUCACACUGAGUAAAAUAAUGGUGAUCCCUCCCA